AUGGCUGGUGGCCGGACAGAGGAGCACGGUCCAGAGAACGGCUUUGCUUCUCUGGAUCGGUCCGUUCCCAGAUUACUGCCCCAUAUAGACGCCUCUGUGUUGCCGUCUUUAGGGGGGUUCGGAAAACACCAGAAGCAGCUCGUGAUUCUGACCUGGAUACCGGCAUUGUUCAUCGGUUUCAGCCAGUUUUCGGAUUACUUUCUUUUGGCACAGCCCAAUGGCACGUGUGUGCAGCCCCCCGGUGCCAACGACAGUAACUGGACCCUUCCAUCCACUGCACCCCCUCUGCUGCUCUGGGCCAACAGCACACUGGACGCAGACAGCGCGUUGUGCGCCUGUAAGGAGUGGAGGCUGGAGCUGCAAACAGGGCUCAGCCAGAAUGUGGUUACCAAGUGGCAGUUGGUGUGUAAUUCGGCUUGGAAGGUCCACAUCGCCAAGUUUUCACUCCUGGUGGGCUCCAUAUUUGGCUACUUGGUGAUGGGUGUCAUGGCCGACUGGUAUGGCCGACACCCAGUUCUGAUUCUCUGCGUGCUUUUCAUGCUGCUCUUCGGUGUGAGUGUUGCCUUCUCUGUCAACGUCACUAUGUUCAGCACGUUGCGCUUCUUUGAGGGUUUCUGCUUGGCGGGCCUGGCUCUCUCCCUCUACGUGCUCAGGAUUGAGCUGUGCUUGCCGGACUGGCGUUUCUCCAUGACCAUGGUGGCCAGUUUCCUGAUGGUGGGCGGACAGCUUCUCAUGCCCGGAGUGGCUGCUCUGUGCCGCCAUUGGCCGAACCGUGACGACUGGCAGGUUCUCCAGAUCGUCAUCAUCUCGCCAUUUGUUCUGAUGCUGCCGUACGUUUGGAUCUUUCCUGAAUCCCUGCGCUGGUUGCUGGCCACCCAGCAGUACAGGCGAUCCAAAGUCAUGAUGUUACGGAUCGCCAGGAAGAACCAGGUUGACAUGACGACGGAUCCCAACGGAGUCCUGACCGAACUGGAGCAGGAGCUGCAUAAGAAACCUGAGAGAAGCUGCAUUAUAAAGAUGAUGAGCACGAGGAACCUGUGGAAGAAUAUCGUGGUGCUGUGCGUGAACUCUCUGACUGGGUAUGGGAUCCAUCACUGUUUUGCUCGGAGUAUGAUGGACCCGGAGGCUCGGCCGACCGCUCUGUGUCACGCCGACUAUUACACCAUGGCGGGCAUCGCGGUGGCCACCUGCCUCGCCGUGUGCCCCGCCGUGGGCCUCAUGGGUCGUCGUGGAGGUCUUCUCACCUUCAUGAUCAUCACGGCUCUGGCCUCUCUGCUGCAGCUGGGUCUGCUUAACUUGAUUGGAAAGUACAGUCUCCGCCAUGACACAGUUCUUCGAGACAGUUUGAACAGAAAGUUCUCGGUGGCGUUUUCCAUCAUUGGCAUGUUUUCGUCCCACGCUGUCAGUACGCUCAGUAUAUUCUUCUGCGCUGAAAUUACCCCCACUGUCAUCAGGGGAGGAGGACUUGGACUGGUUCUGGCCAGUGCUGGUUUUGGGAUGCUGACUGCACCCAUCAUGGAGCUUCACAACCAGAAGGGCUACUUCCUGCACCAUGUCAUCUUUGCCUGCUGCACUCUGCUGUGCAUCAUCUGCCUGCUGCUGCUGCCGGAGCCUCGGGGUCAGCCGCUGCCGGAGAGUUUAGCAGAUGGAGAGACUUUUACCAGACAACAGCUCUUACACCCGGGAGAACAGCAUCUCCUCUUGUCUAAGAUCGACAGAGACUACUCCCGAGUUCAUGACACACCCAUACACCUGACAGCCACAGGAGGAGCCACAGCAGCAGUUGCUACCGCUCUGGCAGCAGUACCAGCUUCUUAUGCUCUGGCCACUGGUGGCGAGGUCAUUGGGAAUCACGCCAUCGCUAAUGGAGUGUGA